AUGGCCCCCGGAAGAGGAGGGCUACUUCUCUAUUUAUUAUUUUUACUCGGGGCUGCUGUAGAUGCUGAAUGUAAUUUUACGAAGCUACCUGGGCAAAGCUGGGACCCGAAUUUUCGACUUUGCUAUGGGUCUGGCGGGAGUGGGAUUGGAUAUUGGUUCACCUCCUCUCAAAAUAACCAAUCCGACCCGCUGAUCAUCUACCUCGGCGACGCUGGCCCGUGCGGCCCGGCUAGAUCUGUUUUUGCCGAUAUUGGCCCAUACCGUAUUGGCCGGGACCAUACUGUACUUCUCGAAAACGUUUAUUCCUGGAACAAGAUCUCCAACGUGCUGUUCCUCGACCUAUCGAUGACGUUCUUUGAGGGAAUGGACAAGUUUGUCGCUCUGAUUAACAAUUUUGUGACAAAAUUUCUGACGGAAAACCCGAGCUAUCAAACCAAUAUGGUCUAUUUUGCAGCCGGCGGCUAUGCGACCCCAGUGGCGAUUCGAGCAGCGAUGGAUCCGAGAUUUAACCAAACCUUCGGCGGCUUGAUCUUUACCGGCCCGUUGCUAAGCAUCAGCUCAUUGGUAGAUGUUGCUCCCCAUAUGCAAUAUUACGACGGCUGGAGCUCGAUAAAGGACUACAAAAACUUGACGCAGUGUUGUCCGAAUGGAUAUCCUGAGGCGAAGAAUUUUUCUGACCCCGUGCAACAAUGGUGCGCCAAAAAUGCGGCAUCCAUAGCCAACAACUACCUGGUUAGCGAAGAUAACGAUCAAUCGACCGACAAUCAGUACACGGAUUGUUACACGACAUGGCAGACCGGGAAUGCGCCCAAACGGUCGAAGCGAUCGGUACGCAACACAGACCUUGAUGGUGCCGCCCCAGAUGUGUUCAGCAACGGAACCAAUGCGUUCUUUGAUCAUGGUUCUCGGAUCAACCCUUAUUCCACUGAUACCUCCGGCGGCUACAUCUGCGACUUCCGGACUCGCUUGCGAGGCUAUAUGUCUUGGAGUAAAGUGAAUUCGGCAUUGUUUUGUGGCGACUUCUCCGAGUGGCCGAUCAACAGCCCGCUGAGUGAAGACGUCAGCGCCGAUCUCGAGGAAUUGAUCAACCAAUACGAGCAAACCCGUAAAAUUGGAAUUUUGAUCCUUCACGGUGACCUUGACCUUGGAGUCCCAUACCUGGCCAGCGAGGAAUUUUUGAAAAAGUUUUCGACGCGGGUGGGGGGAAUCCUAUUCGGUCGCGAGAGAUGGGAGUUCAUCACCGACUCGCUGUAUCAGGUGGAAGGCGGUAUGGGGCGGUCUAUGUUUACGAAGAACGGCUCUGAGAUUUCAUUCCUGAUGGUCAAGGGCGCCGGCCACUUGCUCGGCUACGAUCGUCCGGAUGCUGUGCUUCAGAUGCUUACGAGGUUUCUUUUCCAAGAGCCUCCUGGACUUUCCGACAAGCCUCAGCCCUACAAGAUAACGUAUGCUGGUCCGGGCAGACAAUGGACGCGAAAACAAGCCGACCGAGUCUGGUGGCUACCAGCAAUGACCGUGCCCGUCAACUUCAAGCAGUACAGUGGCUACCUACAUGGAAAUGCUGGCGGUGUCAAGACGGCGGUACAUUACUGGUUCCUGGAAUCGCAAGGAAACCCGGCUUCCGAUCCACUGGUUUUGUGGUUGACCGGCGGACCUGGAUGCAGUGGCAUGGGAGCGCUUUUGACGGAAAACGGGCCUUUUCGGGUGAAUCCGGAUGGGAAAACGGUUUUCGAGAAUGUGUAUUCGUGGAAUAAGAUGGCCAACGUCCUCUACCUCGACGCCCCCUACGGCACCGGCUUCUCCUUCCGGAACGACGAUAAUGAAGUCAUCAUGCAGCAAACGGAUCUUACGACAGCCGCCGAAAUCUUCUCCGCCCUCCAAGAUUUCUACACCGUAUUCCCGGAAUACAAGCAACGCCAACUUUUCCUAUUUGGAGAAAGCUACGCAGCCAUUUUUGCGGCAUUGACGUCUGAGAGGAUACUGGCCGAUACUACCGGUAAUUUCAACCUCCAAGGGAUUGGAUUCGGAAAUGGGCAUGUUAGUGUGAAGCGACAGAUCAAUUCUGCAAUUCAUUAUCUUUAUUUCCAUGGUCAACUCGGGAAGAAAGAAUGGGAAAGCCUAAUUCCCUGUUGUAAUCAAUCCGAUUCGGAUCCAGCCUGGUACGAGUACUGUGACUUCUCCGUCUAUAUGACAUGGGAUAACGGAGUUGUCAGUCCUAAGGACAACUCGACGUGCGCCCAGACGAUUGGACGAUUUUUGAGAGAGCGGAUUGAAGAUAGAAUCAAUCACGCCCUCAACAUGUAUGAAGAUUGCUACACCCAAUCUACCACCCUCCAUGGCUCGCAAUUGUGGAGUGGGAUCUCGAAUCACAUUGACAAAACAAAGUUCAAAGGACGCUACUAUGCGAAUUUGGCUCUCAACGCUCCCAUCGAUGUCACCGACAACCUGGGAGGGUUUCCGUGCUAUGCAAAUAACGCGGCUUCAAAAUGGUUGAACCGAAAAGAGGUCAAAGAGGCGCUUCAUGUAUCGAAGAGUAAUAUAAAUUGGACCGAGUGCAGUGCUACUAUACAGCAAAAAUACCGACGAGGAUAUCAAGAGUUGGAUCCGCUGAUUGAUGCAGUCAUGAACGCAGCAAACGGCAAGCCACUCCGUCUCCUAUUCUACAACGGUGACAUCGAUUCCUCUUCAAUUUUCAUGGGAAUCCAAUGGUUCGUCGAAGACUUGGCGAAGAGAAACUCGAUGCACAUCGGUAAGACCUAUGGACCCUGGAUCUACCGUACCCGAAACGCCGGCUACAACAAGCGAUUCAUGUCUUCAAAUGGGAAAUUGAGCGUUGAGUACACUACUGUUAAAGGUGCCGGUCACCUAGUGCCACUUGACAGAGCUGGGCCUGCUCUUCAGAUGUAUGCAAAUUUCUUAGCGGGACGGGAUUUCAAUACGCCAUUUUUGAUAAAUGACGCCGAUACGCCGUUAUUGGAGGAGUAUCAGGUCAAGAAACAGCCAAAACCUGCUCCUCCACCACCAGCCCCGACGACCAAGGAUCAAGACUAUGUCCCAAAGAUCCCGUUCGCAUCCUUCCAACCGAACUUCAAGACCUAUGCUGGGUAUCUGAAUGCGUCUGACGGGAAUUAUAUUUAUUAUGUGUUAACGGAAUCACAAAACAACCCUUCAAAGGAUCCACUGCUGUUGUGGUCGAAUGGAGGACCCGGUUGUUCUGGGCUUAUUGGAUUGUUCACAGAGAAUGGACCCUUCCGCAUCAACUUCGACAUGAAAUCGGUGUACGAGAACGUAUUCUCGUGGAAUAAGUUUGCCAACAUUCUCUGGAUCGAGUCCCCACGUGAUGUCGGCUUCUCCUAUCGAGCGAAUAACGUUCCGGAUGAUAAUGAGUGGAAUGACAAUAAAACAGCCGUUGACGUCGUCUUGGCCAUAAAAUCCUUCUACCAACGUUAUCCGGAGUAUGACGGUCGAGACUUCUACUUUACUGGCGAGUCAUACUGUGGUGUCUACCUACCCACCACUGCUGACGAGUUGCUGAGACGAAAAUUGACCGGCGACCUGCUGAACGUCAAUUUCAAAGGAUUCGCAAUUGGAAACGGGAUCCACAAUGAGCAUCUGCAGAUUAACUCUGCAAUUUCGUUGUCGUACUAUCGAGGCAUGCGAGGGAAAGACGAGUACGAUCGGCUGAAAAACUGUGCUUGGGGCAACAUAUCGAAUCCAAUGACGUACUACGACUUUCAGAGCUAUGUCGGGAUCGAUUCGGCUGGGUAUCCCUAUCCUUUGGUUGAUGACGAUACCACCUCCGGGCAAUGUGGAAAAUGGGUAGUAGAACAGGGCUACGACGAUACCUGGUAUUCCGGCAAUAAUUACUACAACACUUACCAAGACAACUAUUCCCCAAGGGUCCAACCAAACCCACCGAACUCCCGGAAGAAGCGUGAGGCGCAACCAUUGAGGAAUUCGAUGAAUUUUAUUGAUCAGACUUCCAAAAUCGACAAAGACUACACCGGCUUCAACUGGGGUUUCUACUUCUGGGGCGACCAGGCGGAUUAUUUGAAUCAACCGGAAGUGCGAGAGGCUUUCCAUGUUGGGUUGAACACUCGGGAGUACCAUUCAUGCUACCGCUACCUCGACCGUCAGUAUAUCCAGACUCAUUUUGCUAUGGAACCCGUCUACGAGUCGAUUUUUAAGCAAGCUGCUCAACUUAACACCCAAGUCCGCAUCCUGCAUUUCGAAGGAGAUGUCGAUAUGGGGUGCCAAUAUUUAAUGGCCGAAUGGUUUGACGAGAAUUUGGCAGCUGCGAACAAUUUUACUCGAACCAAAGCCCGAGCGCCAUGGUAUUAUUCCAUGGCUGGGAGGAAUGACUCCGAGACCAUCAAGGCAGGGUACCACAAACAAGGCACUGGAGCAUCAGCUACGAUAGACUACAUGACUGUUAAGGGAGCCGGUCACAUGGUGCCACUCGACCGUCCAGGCCCGGGGCUUCAACUCCUUUACAACUUCAUCAUGGGCCAGGAUAUGAGCACAAAAUUCCCGUAUUCGAUCGAUCCUCAACCGCUCGAUCCGGGUUAUGUAAAUCCGGCUCCUGAUGUCUCAAUCCCCACCCAGGAUACCGUCUACUUCUUGCCUGGCGUGACGUGGCCGCUGAAUUUUACCCAUUAUUCUGGUUAUCUGAAUUUGGGAUCGGAUUCGUAUGCUCAUUAUUGGUUCCUGGAAUCGCAAAACCUUCCCUAUAGCGAUCCGAUCGUGCUCUGGUUGAAUAGCCUCUUCACCGAGAUCGGCCCCUUCUUCCCAAACCAAUACGGCGCAACCGUCUUCGAGAACCGUUUCUCUUGGAACAAAUAUGCAAAUCUGCUCUUUAUUGACGUGCCCUCGACGGGAGGAUUCGCAUACCAAAAGGCGGCUUCAGGUCCGAGUAACGAUACCGCGACCGUUGGACAGCUAUUCGAUGCUCUAACCGCAUUCCGGAAGUCGUAUCCGAAUUUUGCUAAUCGUCCGGUGUAUCUGGCCGGUCAGGGCUAUGCCGCUGUUGUGGCUGCCGCGCUGGCUGCGGAUAUUACACAGAAAUUGGAGACCGGAAGGACGAAUAUUCCACUUGCCGGUGUAAUUUCGGUUAACGGACAGCUCGAUCUGAUGCGACAGGUCCGCGCACUUGCCUAUGAUCAAUAUUAUCGGGGCUUCAUGAUGGAUAACGACUACGACCAGCUCCAAAACUGUUGCGAUACGCUGAAGCGAGAAUAUAACUCGUCGGAUUGCGACUUUGCCAUCUUCUUUGACUUCAGCACCGGAAUACCUGUCGUGAAGCCCUUCGAGAAUCCGGAGAUGGCAAAAUGUAGUGAUGUGCUACAGAGGAUGCAAAAUCAGGUUCUCCAAAAGCGUCUCACGGGCACCUAUGGCGAUUGCUAUGUCUUCGAUUUCAAGAAGCCCAAAGACGACGCUGAAAAGGCAAAGGGAAGCCCGUUUUGCAGCAUCAGUGGAAUCGGAUAUACCCGAGAGUAUACUUCAACGAUGGAAAUCUAUAAGCAGUUGACGAGUGCUAUGAUUCCGUUAAGGCUACUUUUCCUAAACGGUGACGCCGACUACAGUAACAAUCAUCGGGAAUCAGAGAGCUUCUUGCAAGCCCUUGUGGAUGCUGGGAACUUGGUUGUCGCUCAAGAACGCAACGGCUUCUGGUAUGAAACGCCAGGAGCGAUGGGAUUCUUAACUCGAUACCAGACUGCUAACUCGAAGGCUGAUGUGGAUUUCAUUACCGUUAAGGGAGCUGGCGCGAAUCCGGGACGAGAUCGCCCAAUUCCGACACUCUUUGCAAUCGCAAACUUCCUGGAAUACCAAUGUAUAGUCAGUAUACGGAGGACGGCGAGAUCGUACCAGAUCCAACGACCC